AUGUCCCGUUCUUCUUACGAUCGCUACCUCACCGUCUUCUCGCCCGAGGGAAGGCUGUACCAAGUUGAGUAUGCCUUCAAGGCCAUCAGCGGCGCGGGUAUCACCGCCGUCGCCAUUCGCGGCAAGGACACUGCCGUUGUGAUUGCGCAGCGCAAAGUUCCCGACAAGCUCCUCGACCCCGAGACCAUCACCCACAUCUUCCAGAUCACCCCUACCAUCGGCUGUGUUGUCACUGGCCGCAUCGCCGACGCUCGCGCGCAGGUCCAGAGGACACGGUCAGAGGCCGCCCAGUUCCGCUACAAGUUUGGCUACGAGAUCACCCCUGAUGCGCUCGCCAAGCGCAUGGCCAACAUCAACCAGGUGUACACCCAGCGCGCGGGCAUGCGUCCCCUUGGCAUCGGCAUGAUCCUCAUUGGCCCCGAUGACGAGCGUGGACCCCAGGUGUUCAUGAUUGACCCUGCUGGAUUCUUUGUGGGCUACAAGGCCGUUGCAUCGGGACAGAAGCAGACCGAGGCCACCAACUAUUUGGAGAAGAAGUGGAAGUCUGUCGAGAACGGCUCGGUCUCGCUGGACCGCGCAGGCGUCAUUGAGCUGGCCAUCGAGUGCCUCUCGACCGUGUGCGCGACCGACUUCAAGGCCGGCGAGAUUGAGAUUGGUAUCACCUCGACUUCCCCCGAGGAGCCCGGAGAGGGUGGCCAGAAGGGUGGUUUGGGCCGCUUCCGUACGAUGGGCGAGGCGGAGCGCGACGAGUGGCUCGUCCGUGUGGGUGAGAAGGACUAA